AUGGCGACGAACUAUCAGCAUUUACAGUGCGCCGAUCUAAAGACUAUAUUGAAAUCAAAAGGUAUUCCGUUUUCUAAUAUAAAUAAGAAAGACUUGAUUGAUUUAUGCGAGGGAGCAGAGGCGUUAAAUUUGCCAGAUAUCGGUCACAAUGAUGGUGAUAUUCAGGCCUCCAUUAGAAGAAGAACGGUCCGUGGAAAAACAUAUCCACACCCAUAUCAUGAUGAUAGCAUCGCUUGGACUCCGAAUCUUGCCAUUAUUCCCUCUAUAGAUGCUUUUGACGUGUCGUCUUUUCUACAAAACUACUGUGGUUGGUCUGUAGAACGAUUACGGAAUAGGAAAUCCGACAGUGGAUACAAGCUUCAUUGCUCUGGUCACAUCUAUGAUAUCGUGAAGACCUGUUUCAUUAAGGGAAAGUGUGUUCCUGAAACAAGGCAGUCGAAUGAUCCCUAUAUUCCAUGGAUUCUGGUUGAAAAGUCAGGACAUAUAUUUUCAGCAGAAUGCACGUGUGUUGCAGGGGAUGGGUCCUGCAAACAUGUUGCCGCCCUCCUAUUUGGCAUUAUUGAUCACGUCACAUCCAUGGAAGACCGAGGUACCAUCGGUGUCACAGAUACCGCAGCAUAUUGGAAUAAACCAAGAAAAGUAUGCAGGCCAGUAGCUGUUCAUGACUUGGAUAUCAGGAUUGACACGAAUGUACCAGAUAGACCACGACCGUCGGAAGAUUCUGGAUAUUUGCCACUUCAGCCAUCAGUUUUGGAUUUAAAGUCUUUAGAGAAGAAUAUUAUUCAAGUACUUAAAAAAAGCAAUACACCAGCAGUGGCCUUGUAUACACUUUCGGAUUCUGAUGAUGAAAAUGAUGUAUCUAUGGGUAUUGAGGACACACCUAAAAAUAUUAUUGAUCUAAUUUCUAUACAUGGUCAAGAAAAUUUAAAAGUAGACGAUUCUUAUGUUAAAAAAGUAAAUGAAUUCACAAAAGGGCAAUCGAUUAACCUUAUGUGGCAGUACCAGAGAAAAGGUAGACUGACUGCUUCAAACUUCUUCAAUGCCUAUCACUACAGAGGUAACAAAGCAGACAACUACAUUGUAAGAAGUAUUAUGGGUCAGUAUCAUUUCACCUCAAAAUCAGUCGAAUAUGGAAAACGAAAUGAAUCUGUUGCUCGAGAGAAAUAUGCUGAUCACAUGACAAGUUGUCAUCCUUCAUUUAAGUGUUCAGAGACAGGAAUCUAUGUUUACAAAGAUUUCCCUUUCUUCGCUGCAUCCCCUGAUGGCAUUUCUGAAUGCAAGUGUUGUAGAAAAGGACUUGUUGAAAUUAAAUGCCCUUACAGUUCUAGAAAUGAAACAUCUCAGGUUGCUAUGUCAAAAAAUUCAUCAUGUGCAAUUGUCAAUGGAAAUUAUGAAUUGAAAAAGAAUCUGUCUUCCCCAUUUUAUGUCCAAAUGCUUGGUCAAAUGGCAGUAUGCAGGUUUUCGCAUUGUGAUUUUGUUUUGUAUACUCAAAAAGAUAUCUAUGUAGAGAGAAUUCAUUUCUCAAAAGCAAAUUGGAAAUUGUUAUUUGCUAAGCUUAAAAGAUUUUAUGUGCAGUACGUUUUGCCAAACUUAGUUUGAGUAUAUCAUGUACAUGAAUGUAUCUACAUCACAUGAAUAUACCAUGAAUUAGGCUAAAAUUAAAAAUAUGUUUGUUUGCCAUUUACCGACCAAGAUUUUAAGGAAUGGGUAGGUAGGUAGGAAAAAUAUAUAUUUUUUUUUCUUCUUGACUUCAAAUUAAAUUACAUGUACUAUUAAAAAAAAUCAAUAUAUUUAUGUACAUAUUCUUUGUUAUUGGAACUCAUGCUUCAUGAAACAAAAUGAACUAAUACAUUUGGAAAUUUUUAUUGACAAUAAAAAAAUUUGUAAUUGAAAAGUGAAGUAAAAUAUUUUGUGUCGGGCUACUUUUCAUAAGUCGAUAGGUUAAGGACAAACAAACACAAUUUUAAUAUUUGGCCUUAGUCAGGUACCUUGACUAUUGUAGUUGUAAUACUUUUCAGAAUUGAAGGUGAUGUAUGUCAGAUCAACUCAUUUUGAAUAUUUUUUGUUCUGUCAUAAGAAAUUUUUAAAGUUGAAUUUUUAAAGUUGUUAGAAUUUAUUUAUU